UCAAAUUGAUAGCCAUAACUAGUGGCUGAAGAAGAGGGAAUCCUCUUUAAAUUGUUCUUUUGGAAAAAACCUCUUCCUCUAGAAACAGCAUCACCCCAUGGGGUGGCUCCACAAGGAAUUUCCCUUAGCAAAUAGUAAAAAAAUGGCCACAGGAGCCAUGCAAAGAAUAAGCCACUGUUGCCGUUGUAAUGUACCCAGUCUUCUCUUUGUAGCAGAUGUACCAGAACAGGAGGGUCAUGUUUCCAAAAAGCACACGGCUAUCCUGCAUUCCUCUUCGGACCUGGUUCAUCCAGAGUUCUUGGGUUUCCCAGUCACCUUGGCGGCCGCUAGGAGAGGUGAAAAGGGCGACGUGUCCGGCUUUGCAACGCCCAACGCCCAGACAGCUUUCACCAGCUGUCGACCACAUUUUGUUGGGCACGCAGACGGCUCUGAAAGAAAGUCAAAGAGACAAAGGAACCCCCUCUUCUUCCAUCUUCCUCCUUGGUACAGUCACAGCUGACUAUUGGCCACCAUCUCCCAAGCGGUAAGGAAACCAGAGGCCUCUGCUCAUAAAUACACCUGGAGAAGACGACCAAAAGGCAGUAAUAUCUAGAAAGAAAAAGUGGCUCUGAGGAUUCGUUAGGGACCCUGAGCUUUGGCCCAUGCCGUACGAUGUUGCCCUUGGUUGGGCUUUCAAGAUGGCUCCCAGCAGGUUCAGACAAGCGGCCGGUGUCAACAUGCCCUGUUUCUUCUCCUUCAGCUCACCCGGCCGGCCGGCCGGCCUUGUUCUUUGUUGCACUACCUGCCCAGCCAAGCCAAGUUGGAUUUUUAUCUCCCCUGGUUCAGUGCUCCUUCCCUGCCUCAAAUGGCAGCUCUGGGUCUAGCGCAGCAUCUUGAGAACAGUGUUCCUUUUGUGCUCCCUUCUUCGAAGCUGGGGCCUUUUUCUUCCCCUGCUGAAUACGAGGCCCUUCGUCUGGACGUGGUCCGAGCAGAUCAUGACGCGGCGGUUUCUCCGGGAACACAGACCCUACUCUGUGCAUUGACAAAAGGGAGAUGAUUGGAGGUGCCGCGUGCUUUCAUUCAAAAGGCCUGUUUCUUCCCAGGAUCUCAAAUGCUGGAACCUGAGCGAGUCGGCCAAAAACCAAGAAGAAACUUUGUCUGGCCAGCUAAGCUUUCCCUUCUGUCUUCUGCUCACUUUCUGGAGUCCUGAAAGCACAGAGAGGCACAUCCCUGCACAUGGGUCGGAAGAGGCCCAAAUAGGAGGUUGCUCACUUGGCUUCUGGAAGACAACCUGAGCUUUUAACUGCAGAAGGAGAGGGCAAAAGAAGAUUCAGGCAGGCACAAAGGGGCUGGGGGGAAAAACCCUUCACCCCCUCCUCGCUUGCCCGAUGGCAGCCGUGGCCAUGUGGAUGUUGCUUCUGCUGGCUUUUUAACAACGUGGUACUUCUUGUUCCGGGGUCUACAAGGGGAAGCGGAAACCAAAAACCAGCGCGAGCAGUAUUUUGACUGGCAUACUAAAAUAUCACAAAGAGGCAACUUUUGAGAGCUGGAGAACAGCUCCCCCCCCAAAAAAAAAAAUCCUUCGAUGUUAAUAAUAGGACAUUUUGGAGGCCAGAAAUUCACCACAAGAUCGUAUGUGGGAAAGGACCUGAUGGCACAUAGCAGUUCUCGAAGCGGCAGGCUCUGCAGUUUGACUAAAGUCCCAAGGGGGCAAAAGCUAGAGGCUGGAAGGUUCAGGCCGAGCCAUGUGACCCUCCAUCCCAGCCUUGAAGGAUCCGAGCCACUGAAAAUUUCCAACCGCAAGCUGGUGAUCCUGACCGUGGGAGCGGCGUCCGUGCUCACCAUCAGCAUCGUGGGGGUCCUCCUGGCAACGUACCUCGGACGGGCAGCCUGCACCCAGAGGGACCCCUUUGGCUUCCUGCCUCCUCAAGUCAAUGUCCAGAAUGAAGCGUCGCUUUUGCUGGCUCUCAGCGAACUCGGGGAGCAGGGCGUGGCACCGGGGAUCACCUGCGACUUGAAAAACCACCUGAUGGUCUAUCACGGGCAACCAGAAGGCUGUGUGGCCCUCAAGAUGGAGGCCUCUGAACCGCUCCCUUCAUGCCAGGAACUGGAGGCUUACUUUCAUGCUGUCUUGAGAAACGCCACCCUGGGGAUCACCUCUGAGGUGCAACUGGUGGGUUCCGGAUCGCUGGGGAGCCUCGCUACCUUGCUGUGCAGCACAAAACCCAUCUACCUGGUCAACAACAGCUUUGGACCUUCUCCGAGGCACCUCAUGACCAGACUUGCUUAGAAUAAGCUCGAAAAUGCCCUGGGGGGGGGCAGCAAUAUUAAUCUCUCCCCCAUUGUUUUGUGCACCAUCAAUAUAUUAAAAAAAACACAAAACCUUUCCGAUUGUAACAGCUAAUGUUCUCAUAUUCAGUGGCACUUGUCACAUAAGACCGUUGCCACGGUAUGUCUGACACGGGAAGCACCCAGCCUCUGCUGCUGCUUUAUAAUUGUGUAUUCUUCUUUCCGUAUCUUUGACUCGUAAUAACCAAGUCAGUAGCAAUAAAAAAAGAUAAACACUACUAUUUUGUUUUAAGC